ACGUCUCGAAGGCCCCGAAGUAACGGUGUCCUGUGUUUUGCCUGAAUAAAAUUCAAGCUCCUGAUCAGCGUUCCGGACUCUUGCGUGUUUCUUCUUAUGUUUCUAUCUGUUUCAACAACAUUACGAGCCGUCAACGAAUAAGGAAUGUCGUGUUUCAAGGGGGAUAUAAACUUUUGCCCGGAGUGUGGGAAUAUCCUUCCUAUCCCAGAAUUACAUGAUUUCAUUACCUGCCCUCGGUGCGCCUUCAGCAUCCCUGUCCAAGAAUUUUCAGGGUACAUGAUCAAGUCAUCGGUGGUGUUUAAUUCGUUAGAGAAGAGUUCAUCUGCUGUAGAGAGUGAAGACUCUGAGCUAAAAGGCCCAAUUAUUGACAGGAAGUGUUCACGCUGCAAUAAAGAAGGAAUGGUUUACCACACGAGACAAAUGAGAUCUGCUGAUGAAGGCCAGACAGUGUUUUUCACAUGCAUACACUGCAGAUACCAAGAAAAGGAGGACUCAUGAGAGGAGAGGCUCUCUUUUUUUCUUUUUUUUCUUUCUCUUCUUGGAUAACAAAAUUUUCACUUCAUCUACACCAAAGUGUAAUAUUUUCUCUCUCUCUCUCUCCCACUCUCUCUCGUUUUACAUCUGACUGUCUUUACAGUAUGCUCACACUCUUUGAAUUUAGGAUUUGUAUUCAAAUAAUAAAAAAAUAAUGACAUAA